AUGAUGCGAACGCGCGACCCCCGCAUACGGCAACGGAUCAAUCAGAUCUCCCAUAAUCUGGAAACCGCCAACGAAACCGCCCAAGAAGGCCUCUACACGUUCUCCCACAACUACAUCUCCCCUUGUUUCACCUCGAUCGGGAAUUGCAUAACCGCAUGCACAGCCCCUUGCCUCCCAAGUCGCGAAGACCACCUCCGGCGACGACGACGCGGCCAAGCCGAAGCGAACUUUGAUUUCUACGAUGAUUGGGACAACGACGAAGAAGACGGUCUCCUGGGCUGGGGCACCGGCGAACUCGACCGGCUCCUCGCGGGGAGCGGGCUGGCGCGCGGCCCCGCAGACCAACCGCGCCGCCAGAGGCGGAUGAGCUACGGGACACGCAAAACACGGCGUAGGAGCACCGUGCACAUUCCAGAGAACCGCGCCGACCCGACUGUGAUUCCCAGCUCGUCGCUGCUGGGCUUUCUAGAGCGCUUCCCUUGGAGACUGGGCGCGAGAGGCGUCAAGUAUCGGCCUUCUGCUGCGGAUCUGCAGGAACACCCCGGUGCGCGACGGUAUGAGCAUGAAGAUGAACCCCUGAUGGAAGCUAUGGAUGAUGAGGGUCCUCCGUCGCCUACGCCGAACGGGAGGAAUCGAAGUGCUACGCAGUCAUCCCGUGGGACCGAGAACUCUCUCAGUUCGCGCGGUGAUCUAUUCCCCAGCGACGAAGAGGAGGAUGCCGUUCCCUUGGAUGAUGAGUUUGCGCUUGCUUUCGGGCGUCGCGGGACCGGCUUGGAGUCAGAUGAUCAGUCGGGACCCAGGUAUGAAAUCAAGUCUGGUUCCGCGUCUAGUCUUGGCGGUGAUUCGUCUAGGAAGACAAAGCGCAAGAAGAAACGUUCUCCAAAGCGCUCGCCUAGCUACAAUGACACCGUUCAAGGCGAUGCUCCGUCAUUGGCUGAUCUAAAGUCAGAAGAGCAGCGUGCAGCACUCGAAGAAGAAGCGGCGAUUGCGAGGAGACGACUCGCCGCACAGGAGCUGGCUUUGAGCCGAGGUCUGGAUACAGGCGGUGACAAGCCGGCCACAUCUCAGCACAUAAGUAUCUUGUCCCAAGACGAUAAACAGCCUAAUACGCCGAAAAGUACAUUCAGCGAAUCCCCCGGCCGUCGAUCGUCUGGAAAUCAAAUUGAGCCUUUCCCGGCCCUCUCUAUGUCACCUUCAUCGCUGGCCAUGGACUCCCCCGGAUUGUCGAAAGCUUCGCCGAGGGCGAUGUCCCCUCAUGAACUUGAUGAUGCAACCAAUUCUCACGAGCGAGAGCAGUGA